AUGUCCGACGAUGAUUUUAUGCAGGAUUCUGGGGACGAAGAUUAUGACUUUGAAUACGAGGAUGCCGAUGACGACGAGUCCGGAGACAUUGGCAUUGAGAACAAAUACUACAAUGCGAAGCAAAUGAAGGCUGACAACCCGGAGGAGGCCGUGGAUGAGUUCCUAGGCAUAGCGCCCAUGGAACAAGAUAAGAGUGACUGGGGAUUCAAGGGUCUGAAGCAAGCGAUCAAGCUGGAGUUCCAGCUCGGGCGAUACAGCGACGCUGUCGAACACUACCGCGAACUGCUCACCUAUGUCAAAUCGGCCGUGACCCGCAACUACUCCGAAAAAUCCAUCAAUAACAUGCUCGACUACAUCGAGAAGGGAUCCGACGAUGCCAAAACCUACGAGUGUAUGGAGGAAUUCUACUCGUUGACCCUCGAGUCGUUCCAAAAUACCAACAACGAGCGCCUGUGGCUGAAGACCAAUAUUAAGCUGGCGCGGCUCUGGCUGGAGCGCAAGCAAUACGCCCAGUUGGGCAAGAAGGUUCGGGACCUGCAUCGGGCAUGCCAACGCGAGGACGGAUCGGACGACCCCAGCAAAGGCACUUAUCUCCUCGAGCUCUACGCUUUGGAGAUCCAGAUGUUCGCCGAGACGAAGAAUAAUAAGCGGUUGAAGGCCCUGUAUCAGCGGGCGCUGACCGUGCGGUCGGCGGUGCCUCAUCCCAAGAUUAUGGGCAUUAUUCGAGAAUGCGGCGGCAAGAUGCACAUGAGCGAAGAGAACUGGAAGGAGGCCCAGAUUGCGUUCUUUGAAUCCUUCCGGAAUUACGACGAGGCAGGAUCCAUGCAACGCAUCCAGGUGCUCAAGUACCUCGUGCUCACGACCAUGCUCAUGAAAUCCAACAUCAAUCCCUUUGAUUCCCAGGAAACCAAACCCUACAAAAAUGACCCACGCAUUUCGGCCAUGACCGACCUAGUGGACGCCUUCCAGCGCGACGACAUCCAUGCAUAUGAGGACGUGCUGAGCAAACAUCCGGACGUGUUGGCGGACCCAUUCAUAGCCGAGAACAUCGACGAGGUCAGCCGCAAUAUGCGCACCAAGGCCGUUCUGAAAUUGAUUGCCCCCUUCACCCGCUUCACGCUCCAAUUCAUCUCCAAACACCUCAAGAUCUCCGUCCCAGAGGUCCUGGACAUUCUGAGCUUCCUGAUUCUCGACAAGAAGCUCAAUGCCAAGAUCGAUCAGGAAAAUGGCACCGUGACGGUGGAGAGUGCGAGUGACGUGGAGCGCCUGCGUGCGGUGCAAGAGUGGAGCUCUGCGCUGCGCACGCUCUGGCAAACAACAUUCAACGGUGAGGGGCUGCGCGCCGAUGAAUCCACAGCCCCGAUCUUCCCGGGAUUUCGAGAGGAGCGUGCCCGGAAAGCACCCGUCAAACAGAAGUUAUCACACUGGUAA